GUUUCAGUGAGCCAAUGGGCGCAGCACUUACUGCUGUUUUGCCGCGAUGGAGGCUGGGCAAAGACUGCGACGAAGCCGAGGCAUGUCAAAGUUCCUAAUUUACUACAUCGAAUCAAAUGAAAGACAACAAUAAAUUUGAAUAAAUUAGUGGCGUUUUGUGUUGUUAUCUUAGCAGGUUUUGUGAUUUGGAAUGAAAUUUUAGUUCAGCUUCCAGAUUUACCUGCAUUCCUUUAAGAAACUCUUUUUUUUUGCAACAAUGUCUAAGGGCAGAGUAAGAAGAACAGAAACUAAAUGGCAUAAGCGGGGGUUUGCUAACAUAAUAUAGCAUCCGGUUCUAAAAGCUGCUGACGUGGGGGUGGGACUGCUUUGAACUGAUCACGUUGAACUCUACUCCGACCUAUUUUUCUCCGACCUCGUCGAUUUGCUGAAAUUUGGGAAGUAUGUGCUUCAAAGAGGAACAGAUUUCAGAGGCCAUGAUACUUUAAGACCAGCGAGGGAACACUCUGGGCGGGUGCUCUACCGACUGAGCCAUAGAGGCUAGCUGUCGCUCCUUGGAACUGGUCAUUCUAUGCAGUCGCUGACGGCUAAAAAAGAGUCCAAGUGUGUAGGAAAUGUUUUGUUCAACCAAGAUGUACUAAUUUGUGCGUUUUUAAGUGCGGGGGAGCAACAUAUCAAAAAAUGGCGAUAACUUUUGGAGGUUUAUUUGGUGAGAGCAGUGAUAGGCCAGUCGAGACCCAACCAGUAUAGCGCCAAUGCGCAUUAAACGCAAUACAAUUAAGGGGCAUUUUAUUCGCAUGAUAAAUUUUAAAUUAUUACCUUCAAUUUAAUGGCAAUUUAUUGCGCAUUCAAGUGCAUUACCCGCAUUACUGUUAUCGGGGAAGCUGUCGCACUGUCCCUGUCGCACACACCUCCAUUGGAAUGAACGCAGAAUGCAGAAGCAGCAAAAAUCUUCACGUAACGCUGCGGAGCGAAAGAAACUGCUCCACAGCGGCUUCGUCUAGUCAGCAGCGGGACAGUAGAAGGGAAUACCUACUGGGCAUGCGUCAUCUUAAGAAAAACUGUCAGCCUCUCCACGCUGCCCAACGAGGUGCUCCUACUCGUGCUGGAGUACCUGACCCCACAGGAGUUGCUGCUGGUGCGGGCCGUGUGCCGGCACUGGCGGGACCUGGCGCUGAGCGAGCCCCUGUGGCGCCGCCAGGAGAUCGUGCUGGGGAUGGGGAGACACUUCACCCCCUGCUGGCGUCUGAUCCUGGCCAGCGCGCCGUGCGCCCGGAAGGUGUGGCUCAGCGGCCGCUGGGCGGCCCACCUCAUUGACGUGGACGGCAUGCAGUGCGCACUGCACACGCUGGACCUCAGGGACCUGGAAGAGCUGGGCUCGGAACACAUUCGGAAGCUGGCCGAGCUGGUUGCCAAGCAGGCGGCCAUCGGAGGACUGAGAGGGCUGAGGCUCGAUCUGAGUCCACGCGACAGUGCAGAGGACUUCACGCCGCUGUACGAGGCCAUCGGCCAGUGCGCGAUUGAGAAGAUGACGGUGCGCAUGUGGGAUGAUGGUCUUCCACGCUGUUCGCCGCAAUCUUGGGUCCCACGCCGUCAGAACACCAUCAGAAAGCUGAAAUACAGCGGCGGUGCUCUGUGGCCAAACCCCUGGCUGCAGUCGCUGCUGCAGCACCACGCCGGCAGCCUGGAGAGGCUGCUGCUCUUCAACCCUUCGCCCGAGUUCCCGUGCUCGCUGCUGGCCUCCUGCGCCAACUUGCGGGUCCUCGAGUGUCCCCUCCUGCUGGACAUGGACAGACUGCAGCAGUGCGCGCGCUUGGAAAAGCUGCACCUUGACAUCCGGGUGAAGGGGGAGAACUUCUCCGCGCUGGUCCGGAGUGCCGCGUCCCUCUGCCGCGCGGCAGCGGGGCUCCGGGAGUUGAGUUUCUACGUCCACACCGAGACGGACGCCAAACCCGUCGUUGAGACGGCGGUGCGGGCGGUGAAGGACAUUGUAGAUGGCGCCGCGUCCUCGGGCCGGGCGGCGCUCACCAGCCUGACGGUGACUACAGGAAGAGACUGCCUGGGAGGGGCGUGGAUAGGCGCGGUGCUGAGGGCGCUCUCGGGGCUGCCGUGCCUCGAGAACCUCGUGCUCAACACGAGCGACCUUCCGCCGGCGCGCGUGCUGCGCGAGAUCUCGGCGACCUCGGCUCCGGCGCUGCGCUCGCUUCGCCUUCUAUGGUUUCUGGAGAAGCACGAGGAGCACAUGACGGAGGUGCGGGCGCUGCUGGCGAGACACCCGGCCCUGCACGUCACGGGGCUUAUGUUGGCGGGCCGGGACCGUGGCGGCGUCUGGGACGAACUGGCCCGUGAGCUGCUGCUACCUCUGGACUGCCGCCUGAACCUGUACGCACAUCGCCAGGACGAGCAUUGCUCCCUACACGCCGUGACCACGCUCUCUGACUCAUGGUUUCAUAUAGCAACGACGUGAAGCUUGUUUUGCAAUAAGGCGAGCGCAUUUCAUAUCUAAGUACUUUUUGUAAUGUUUUACAUGUGGAUGCGGUCUAUGCGGUUGAGUUGACUCGUUUUAGUCACUCCGCAAGACUUCCUUUUUUGGUAGGAAAAGUGUUUUGGUGCAAGCGUCAUACGGAUCCUGAACUAUGGUGUAUGAUUCAAUCCGUAAAGUGUAGACAAAAGCACUUUGUAAAUAGGUGAAAUAGCUUGUACCGUUUGUAUUACGGUUGAAAUUAUCGCCACGUUAAGGAUGAGUUUAUUCGCAUUGCAUAUGACUUUUGUGAUCGGUAUUAGGCUUGCACUAAAUUCUUCGUAAGCGAGUCCGGAAAGGAGAUGGAAGUGUAGUGUAGGCCCUACACCGCUGCGCUAGGUGGCAGGUGGAUCAGUGUAGUUACCUCUUCGCAAACUGUGUCGUGGUGUGUAUCUACUUUUUGUUAAAUAUAUAGAUUGGGAUCAACUGCAUCCGGCUUCAACACUUAUUAUCCAUUAAAAUGUAUUAGCGUUUUACUGUAGAAGAUAUAUUUUAAGAUGUAUCGUAAUGUAAGGGUUACAUAAGGCAAACCCAGAGUAAAACUGGUUUUGCUUUCUGCUAUUAAAGUAAACAACUCGACGCGUCCGUCCAACAAUAUCCUAUCUGUUUCGCUGCCCGAAAAGACUAGCCUAUCUGUUUCGCUGCCCCGAAAGACUAGCCUAUCUGUUUCGCUGCCCCGAAAGACUAGCCUAUCUGUUUUUCGGCGCUCUCUGCAGCGCUGUUUUCUUUUCAUUGUCGCUUCGCUAAUUUUGACAAUAAAAAAAAAGUAAAAAUUCCUGCGUGUUCCUUAAUGAUCAAGGAACAAAUGGCAAUUUUUACUUUUUUUCUACUGUUAAUAUUAGCAAACCCACAAUGAAAAGAAGACAGCGCUGCAGAGAGCGCCGAAAAACAGAUAGGCUAGUCUUUCGGGGCAGCGCAACAGAUAGGCUAGUCUUUCGGGGCAGCAAAACAGAUAGGCUAGUCUUUUGGGGCAACGAAACAGAUAGGAUACUGUUGCACGGACGCGUCGAACUAUACUUUGGUAUAAAUAUGUGAGUUGUCAGGAUUUGCCAUUUGAUUUUAUUACAAUACUGAAAUCACAAAUAAAGUGUAGCUUUAGCAUGGAAA